UAACGGAAUGAACGGGAACUACUGUUGGUAUCAUAAACGGAUUAUUAUAACCUAACGAGAAGAAGAAGAAGAAAAGUAGCAAUCGUCACAAUAAGGGUGUGCUGAUUUGACUUUUGGAGGGGCAGCACAAGGCUCCAUAAAAUGACCCAGUCUGUGCAUAUUACCUCCAAACUGCCAAAUCUGAGUGCCCCUUUUCAUUGCUCUACUGCGGAAGAAUCAAAUCAAGGUGGCUCCUAUUCAGUACAGACGCCCUACGGAUUCCAGCUGGACCUUGAUUUUCUCAAGUAUGUUGAAGAAAUAGAGAGUGGACACAACAUUCGGAGGGCUAAUGUAAACCCUCGGAGGGGAUCCCGGGGUGACCGUGGGUAUCAGAGGAAUACAAGUGUUGGGGGUCGGACCAGUGGCUGGACCUCCACUGAGUCACUUUCCUCAACAACCAGUGAGAAUGGCCAGACUAACCCACCUUUUCUCCCGAGCCCUAGUAAAUCACCUAGCAAACCACUUUCCCCAUUACCAGUUGUCAGUCCCAGUCUGCCUACUUACUCCAAAGUGCCACCACCACCUCCACCACGUAACCCUAGGGUUGAGAGAACGCUUCUUGAAACUAGCUUUCGGCUGCAACAGGAGCAGAGUCAGUUUUCCAACGGAUUAGGCUCUAAUUUGUCUGACCUUUCCAAAGUGAGUUCCAAAGCCAGCGGAUCUAAUAAGGACUUCGAUCUAGCUUCUUCCCAGCCUGCUUCAGAUGCCCAAUUGCUACAGAUAUCACCUGUUGUUCAGAACUCCCUUUCUGAGGUCUGGACCAGAGCAAGUCCUCAAAUGUCUGGAAGGAGCACUCCAGCCUCCAACUCAGGGACAUUGCCUCCGGGGCAGCUUCAGACUGUGCGAGAACAGAUGGCCAAUGCCCUUAGGCAGCUAAGGGAGAUGGAAGAGAGACUGAAAGGACUACCAACUCUAGAAAAAGAAGUUGCCAUGCUCCGUGCAGAAAAAGACAGGUUGGCUCAGGAACUUCAAAAGAAAACAGAAGAAUGUGAUGCAACGCUCAAACUGCAAGUCUCCACUGAGGCAGUAGUAGAAGCCCCCCAACCAGGAUCCCUACCAUUGCCGUCACUUUGGAAUAAAAAGCCAGAAUGCAAAAGGGAUGACCAAGACAAAAAGGAAAUAAAGAAACUAGCCACUGCUCCUAUAGAAAAAAGAUCCAUAGCAGUAGGUAGUGACAGUCCUCUUGAGACUGUGGUCGUCUUUAAUCGCCAAGCGGUCAAGGAUGCUGCUGUCGAAGCUAAUAUUGAUAUCUGUCACGCAGCUAUUGAGACUGAGACUAGUGUCAUGCAUGAUGAGGCGAUUCAGACUGGAGUGGCUACAGAAGAUGUGGCAGUCUGGGUAAUAGAAUCAUUUCUAGGGCUACAAAGUGAGACAGAACGAGAAAUUGAUAGCUUGCAACACACUAUCAGAUUUCAGGAGGAGUCAAUCCAGGUUCUUGAGACACGAUUAACUCAAGUCAACCAAGAUCUUGAAGCUUUAAGGGCUCAGGAAAUUGAUAGGGCGUCCAAGGUUAUGCUGGACAAAGAGACAGCAGCAACACCAGAGACAGCUAAUGCCCAAAUAGAAACAUGUCCUAAAGUUUGUUCAGUUGGAGUGUUGUUUCCAGAUGUGACUGAUCCGGAGUACGUUUCAAAAAAUGACCAAAGCAUUCAAACAAAUCCUGUUGAAACUUCAAAGAAAAAAACGGUGGAGCUAGUAAGCACUGGUAUCCAGUGGGAAUGUCUAACUGAUACACAAGACACUGAACAACAAACAACUUCUGCAGAGGGUGAGCAGUAUGCAGGCCCUCUGAAAUCUAUCAUGAAGAGGAAGGAUGGGAGUGGUGCUGGUGCAGCUUCCAGCGGUGGCAAAAAGAGCCUGAAGUUUGUUGGAAUUCUAAACGGAGGUUAUGAGUCCACCUCUAGUGAAGAGGAUGAGGAUGAGGAUGAAGAGAGUUCCUCAGAUGGAAGUGAGGCUGGUGCAUGUUCAGAUAGCAGUGUGGAAGAAGGGGCAGCUCUAGAGGAUACAUCUGAUGAAGAGAUGAAUAUAAAUUUGGAUGAAACCGACAGUGAUGAAAACAUGCCAGCUGGGUCAGAAGAUUUAAAGGACCAGGAAGAGGAAGUAAAAGAAAAGUUUGAACUAAGUGCCAAAAUGCGUGAGGCUUGUCUAAUUUUGAAGAACCACCUUAAUGAUGGAGCCAAAUCAGUGAAGAGUAAAGACGUGUUGUCCAGCACUCACAGUGUUCAGCUGGAGUGGUUCAGAGUGUCCAGUGCAAAGAUGGCCCAGCCGUCACGUGUGUCAAAUUACCUGAUGGCUUUCUCAGAGGUCUCCCGCGUCCUGCUGGAGCACGUAGUCAACAUGACGGAUGGCAACGGCAACACUGCUUUACACUACAGCGUCUCCCAUUCCAACUUCACUGUGGUGGACCUACUGCUUGACACAGGCAUGUGUAAUGUUAAUCAGCAGAAUAAAGCCGGAUAUACAGCUGUGAUGCUGGCAGCACUUUCAGCAGUGAAGGAGGAUUACGACAUGGCAGUGGUUCAGAAACUCUUCCUUCUGGGCAACGUCAAUGCCAAGGCCAGCCAAGCGGGACAGACGGCUCUGAUGCUGGCCGUGAGUCACGGGCGUCAGGAGAUGGUGCGAGCGCUGCUGGACUGCGGGGCUGAUGUGAACAUCCAGGAUGACGAGGGCUCCACUGCUCUGAUGUGUGCGAGUGAACACGGUCGGCCCGAGAUUGUGUCCUUACUGCUGGAGCACCCGGGGUGUGACAUUUCAGUCGUGGACAAUGAUGGCAGUAAUGCUCUCUCCAUUGCUCUGGUGGCAUCCCAUAAUGAUAUUGCCGUUCUACUGUACGCUCACAUGAACUACUCAAAAACGGAUGUAAGUCCUCUCUCACUGAACACUCAGGCAGCCCGUUUCUAACUCAUUCAUGCAGAAACUCCUGGAUUUUGGGGCGAGACUUAGCAGUUUGGAAUUGAAAAGCGGGUGUUACAUACCAGAAUGGAGCCAGAUGUGAAUGGACUUUUUUGGAAAUGAUCGCGGUUUGGCUCCUGUUUAACAUUAUCCAACACCCUGCUGUGCUUCACAAAUAAGCAGAUUUUUUUAAAAU